AUGUAUGCAGGACCCGAUCAACCUUCCGGCCACAGUGGAGACACACCCCGACUCCGGGCCGCUUGCGAGAACUGCAGACAAUCAAAGGUGAAAUGCAAUCUUUCUGGAAAGAGUACCUGCAUCCGGUGUCUUCGUCACGGGCUGCCUUGUCGAUAUCGACUCGCCAAUCGGUCAGGAAAACCCAAGGGCAGCAAGAACAGAGCCACGUUGAAGAAGCUGGGACAACUGCCGGACGAGAAGCCUAUAAUGCGUGCCUUGAAGGGAAAGCACAACCCGGACACCGUCAUGGACAACCAGAGUCACUCGAUAUGUGAAAGGUCCCGAGUGCUUCAGAGCCAUGAGGAAAACUUCCACGAGAGCCCUAGCAGCCAGGACACCGACCUCACGGUGGACGCCUCCACCUCCAUCUCCGCGUUUGCGUAUUCUUCCUUCCAAGAACCGCUGCCAUCUGCAGAUCCGGUAUAUAUGCAAGCCUCCAUGUCACCGACAUUUCUUCAAAAGGAGUUCAUCACCAAAGGCCUCACGAGCUGUCCCCUCGCAGUCCACAUCCCUGACGCACCGCAACCGAUGUGUGGAUGUGGAGGAACAGUGGUGUUUCACAUGAACCAGCUGAGGGAUAUGAUGGCCAACGCCGGCCACCUGCGAUUUGAUCAGAUUCUGCAGGGGAUCAAGGUGGCACUGUCCGUAUGCCAAGGUUUCCUGCAAUGCAGAAAUUGCCCAAAGGACAGCACUAGUCUGCUGUUGCCUAUCUCUACGGUAGACUUUACACUGCAAAUAUUCGAAUACUGGAUAUCGUAUGGGCUGGCGGCGCAGCAUUCAGUGGGAGUCGACAGUGCAAAGUCCAAAUAUGGAGAUUAUGAAUUAUGUUCUGAGGAAAGUUGGUGGAUCAGUCGCUUCCUGCUCCGUGCGCGACUCGUCCAGUGCAAGGAGGUGUUUGCUGUACUGCAGGAAGCGAUCGAUGUCUGCCUCGGAUCGCCGUCUGGUCAUCUCAGGCAAGGGCUGUACGAUGAGAACCGCGGAGGCAGCUGUCUCGAUCAGAUUCUUCGGGGUUACGAAGCAACUGUGGAAGCUUUUUUGCGUUGUUUAUCGGGGAAUGAUAAACAGCACCUGCUUGCAAUUCAAUUCAUAUACAAAGUAGAAUUUGAAAACAAGAUGGCCGCCCGUCUCGCCCAGGUCAACGCCCACCUCAACUACCCAGCCGGCCUCCUCGCAGGCAAAGUCGCCAUCAUCACCGGCUCAGGCCAGGGCAUCGGCGCCGAAGCAGCCCGGCUCUUCGCCAACGAAGGCGCAAAAGUCAUCGUCGCUGAUAUCGACGCUGAAAAAGCCACCGCAGUCGCCAACGCCAUCAACUCCGCCGGCGCCGGGCGCGCCCUCGCCGUCGUCGGCGAUAUCCUCGACGACGCCUACAUCACGACCCUCGUCUCCAAGGCGGCCGAGUUCGGCCACGGGAAGAUCCAUAUCCUCGUGAACAAUGCGGGGUUUACCUGGGACGGAGUGAUCCACAAGAUGACCGACAAACAAUGGGACACGAUGCUGGCGGUGCACAACACGGCGCCGUUCAAGCUGAUUCGGGCCGCGGCGCCGUAUUUCCGGGUGAAGGAUGGGGAGGACCGGGUGGUUAUCAAUAUUAGCUCUACGAGUGGGAUUCAUGGGAAUGCAGGACAGGCCAAUUACGCGCUCGCCAAAGCCGGGCUGGUCGGGCUGACCAAGACGAUCGCGAAGGAAUGGGGCCCGGCGUUUGGGGUGCGGGCUAACACGAUUGCGUUUGGCUUUGUCAAGACCCGGUUGACGGCUGCGAAGGAGGACGGCGCGUUCAUCACCACCCCCGACGGGACCAAGGUUGCGCUGGGGAUCCCCGGGAAGCAGCUGGCUGGGCGCAAGGGGGACGAGAAGCAGGCGUAUCCGGAUAUUCCGCUGGGGCGGCCGGCGAGUCCCGAGGAGGCGGCCAGGUCGAUUCUGGGGGUUUGCAGUCCUUACUUUUCGUAUGUGAGUGGUGAGACGAUCCGGGUGACGGGAGGUCGUAAUACGUGA